UUUAUCAAUUCCGUUUUAUGUCAAAAAGUACUUAUAGACAUUAGACAAAGAGUGACUAUUAUUUUUAUUUUACAAUAACUAUAUAAAUUUUACGUGCAUAAUGUCUUCAAGAAAAAAGGUUCUCCUUAAAGUUAUUAUCCUCGGCGAUAGUGGCGUCGGCAAAACAUCGUUGAUGAAUCAGUUUGUCAACAAGAAAUUUUCCAAUCAGUACAAGGCUACAAUAGGCGCAGAUUUUCUCACGAAAGAGGUAAUUGUCGACGAUAGAAUCGUAACAAUGCAGAUUUGGGACACUGCGGGACAGGAGCGGUUCCAAUCGUUAGGAGUGGCAUUCUACCGUGGGGCGGAUUGUUGCGUCUUAGUUUUUGACGUAACUGCCCCCAACACGUUCAAGUCCUUGGAGAGCUGGAGAGAUGAAUUUCUCAUACAGGCUUCCCCACGCGAUCCAGAAAAUUUUCCAUUUGUGAUACUAGGUAACAAGGUCGAUUUGGAUAACCGCGCCGUGUCCGCGAAACGAGCUCAGCAAUGGUGUCAAAGUAAAAAUGAUAUUCCAUAUUUUGAAACGAGUGCCAAAGAAGCCGUGAAUGUAGAACUCGCAUUCCAGACUAUAGCACGUAAUGCCCUAGCCCAGGAAACAGAGGCAGAGCUUUACAAUGAAUUUCCAGAUCAGAUCAAGUUGAACGCCAAUGACAAUGGUCGCAAUAGGGACGGAGACAACUGUGCUUGCUAAGUUAUCUGUUAUACUACAUCUUUUAACAUUGGCAAUACAUUAGUGUUUCCAUAUUAUUUCAUGUUGAAUUGAAUACAAUAGAGUGUAAUUUUUUAUUUAUAAGUAAUGAUUAUUUACUAUUUUAUCAUGGUGUAAAAAAAAUGUAUAGAAGUGUUAUAUCUUCCAUGUUUAUUUUUGUGAUUUGUUUUAAUGAGCACAUCCAAUCGUGUUAGGCAUGAAAAAAUUUUAAAAUUGCUUUUUCACAUUGUUGGUUGCCAGUUGUCUAUCAACAAUCCAAUUGGUAAUGUAAUAUUAUGAAGUACAAUUUGAUCUGUUGCCUCGGCCCAAAAAAAAAAAAAUUGUAUAGCAGAUCAGGCUAUGUAUAUUGUUAGGAGAGUGUAAUGAAAUCUCAAAAUCAGAAGUCAGAAUCAAUUAAAUGUAAAUUAUCUCAUUCUUAUUGUUAUACCAUUUUAAGGAAACAAUUUUAAAGUUAUUUGCCUAACAUGUUAAAAGCAUCAAUCAAUUAUCCAAAUUUAAAGUUCUAGACACAUUUUUAUAUACAUGAAAUCAAAAUUGUAAGAUGAAACUGGUACCUAAAGCUAUUGCUAUGGAGGAGCUGCAUGAGCAUUGGAGUUUAAAUCUAGUGAUUUUUGAGUUCAGCAGGGGGGGGGG